GGCGGCGGGCACCGAGUCACCAGGCACAACCGUGGGCUCCGAGUCAACUGGGAUGACCGCUGGCACUGGGUCAGACAUUGGAUCGUCUGGCUGGACAGCGGGCAUCGGGUCACCAGGCAUCAGGUCAUUUGGCUCGACAGCGGGCACCGCGUCAUCUGGCAAGGCAGUGGGCUCCGAGUCAACUGGUAUGACCGCGGGCACUGGGUCAGACAUUGGAUCGUCUGGCUGGACAGCGGGCACUGGGUCACCAGGCAUCAGGUCAUUUGGCUUGACAGCGGGCACCGCGUCAUCUGGCAAGGCAGUGGGCUCCGAGUCAACAGGCACGACAGUGAGCACCGGGUCAUCAGGUACCGGAUUGUCUGGCUCGACAGCAGCGGCAUCGGGUCACCAGGCAUCGGGUCAUUUGGCUCGACAGCGGGGCACCGGAUCAGGUACCGGAUCAUCUGGAUCAACAGCGGGCAUCGAGUCAACUGGCCUAAUAGGAUCGUCAGGCUGGAUCAGUUCAUCAUGCUGGGUAGAGAGGCAUCAGGCCGAGUAGAGGCUUCAGGCCGAGUAGAGGCUUCAGGCCGAGUAGAGGCAUCAGGCUGAA